UUGGCCGAAGGGGAGAGAAAGGAGACACCGCCUAUCGCUAUGACGCUAAGGUUGAUGGCGAACAACUCGCACAGACAAUAUCGCCGACAUGGGGGUGAGAUGAGGAGGUCAGAAUCGACGACAAACUUGUAUAUAACUCGAGCUCAUCUUCCUCCAUCAACCGGUUUCUUCUCUCUCAUCAUCACACACUCACAACACUCCUUCACUACUACAACUAAUACCUAAUACACACCAGUCAUUCUUUAAUACCAACAUCCAACUACUCUUACAUUCUUUAGAUCCAUUCUUUUCAAUCACCAACCACCAACAACCGCAAACAUGAAGUUCUUCAGCGCUGCUCUCUCCGCCGCCACCAUUGGCUCCGCUCUUGCCUCUCCCAUCCUCGGCUCUGCCUGCGGUGGUCAGGGCGCUGCCCCCUCCGGCAUCAACGGCCUUCCCUCCGGUGCCGCUCUCCCCUCCGGUGCUGCUCUCCCCUCCGGCGCCGCUCUUCCCUCCGGCGCCGCUGUCCCCUCCGGACUUGCCUCCCCCAUCAACGGCGAUAACUUGGUCCCCGCCCCCGUCCAGACCUUGACCUCCGCCACCACCCUCUACCAGACCUGGGCCACCACUGUCUCCGACUCCAAGACCCAGUACCUCACCUCCGGCUUGGCCGUCCCCACCGGUGUUCCCUCCGUCCCUUCCACUGGCGGCGCUGAUGCCGGUGCCAUCAACGGCAAGGCCCCUGUCGUCAUCGUCAAGGAGGUCACCACCAUCGUCCUCAACAUCGACGUCCUCGUCAAGGCCGACAUCGCCCACAUCCUUGAGCUCCUCGAGGUCAAGGCUGGCGUCGACGCCCAGCUCCUCCUCGAGGCCCUCGUCAGCCUCCAGGGCCACCUCCACACCGUCGUCACCGGUGUCGUUCCCCAGAUCACCGCCCUCAUCCGCCCCGAGGUCGGCCUCGUCGCUGGUGAGCUCCAGAUCGUCCUUGACCUCAUUGCCGAUGUCGAGAUCCUCCUCAGCCAGGUCGAGAACUGCCUCAAGCACCUCGUCGCCACCGUCAGCCACGACGUCCUCAAGGUCAUCGGUGCUGAGCUCAACCUCGUCUCUGGCCUCCUCCUCCCCAUUGCUACUCCCAUUGUCAACUUUGCCCUCCGCGCUGUUGUCGGCCUCCAGAUUGAGGCUCCUCAGCUCGUUGCCCAGAUCCAGGCCCGCGCUCACGCCGUCAACCUCCUCGCUGGUGGCCUUGUCGGCUUCCUUAGCGCCACCCUCAAGAUCGUCCUCUAAAUUCUUUAACCUGCCCGGUUU